AUUUUCCUCACUUUGUUGCUCUAACGAACCGCGAAAAGGUCAUCGAUCUUCCUGGUCAAAACAAUACAAACUCUCCGCGUUGUUUCUCCACGGCCCCGACAACCAUUCCAACCCCCACCACCUUACCUCUCCCCUCCGCCUCGGCUUCCGUAGCUCACCUCCCCACAAAUCGCCGACGCCCCCAUCCCUCUCUCAGGCCUCAGCCAUGGCGAACCUCAACCACCUGCCCGUGUGCUAUUCUCUGCUGGCGCUCUUGCUGCUCUUGCUCGCGCUCUCGUCCGUUCGCGCCGGCAGCAACUCGUCGGCGUCGGCCGGAACCGGACCGCUGUACGGCAUCGAGUUCCCGCCCUACAACACCGCCGUCGCCGACGCCGGCUGCGACGGCAGGCUGGUCGCCGAGGAGGAGGAGCUCGCGCGCCGGACACCGUCUCUCAAGCUCCACAUGACCCACCGCUCCGCUUCAGCGGGCGCGACGGGGUCGGGCUUGUUCGUCCUCGACUCGGCCAAGAAGGACGCGGCCCGCAUCGACACGAUGCACGGCAGGAGGGCCGCGCUGCCCGGCGCGGCGCAACGGAAGGGUUCGCGGCCGCGGCGGGCGCUGUCGGAGCGGGUGGUGGCCACGGUGGAGUCAGGCGUGGCGGUGGGCUCGGGGGAGUACCUGGUGGACGUGUACGUGGGCACGCCGCCGCGCCGGUUCCGCAUGAUCAUGGACACCGGCAGCGACCUCAACUGGCUGCAGUGCGCGCCCUGCCUCGACUGCUUCCACCAGACCGGCCCCGUCUUCGACCCGGCCGCCUCCGCCUCCUACCGCAACGUCACCUGCGGGGACAGCCGCUGCGGCCUCGUCUCCCCGCCGCCGCCGCUGACCGGCCCCAGGUCGUGCCGCAGGCCGCGGAGCGACCCCUGCCCCUACUACUACUGGUACGGCGACCAGUCCAACACCACCGGCGACCUCGCCCUCGAGGCCUUCACCGUCAACCUCACCCAAUCAGGAACCCGGCGCGUCGACGGCGUGGCAUUCGGGUGCGGCCACCAGAACCGCGGCCUCUUCCACGGCGCCGCGGGGCUGCUGGGGCUCGGCCGCGGCCCGCUCUCGUUCGCGUCCCAGCUGCGCGGCGUCUACGGGGGGCACGCCUUCUCCUACUGCCUCGUGGAGCACGGCAGCGCGGCCGGGAGCAAGAUCAUCUUCGGCCACGACGACGCGCUGCUCGCGCACCCGCAGCUAAACUACACGGCCUUCGCGCCGGCCACGGCCGACGCGGCGGACACCUUCUACUACCUCCAGCUCAAGUCCGUCCUCGUCGGCGGGGAGGCGCUGAACAUCCCGUCCGACACGCUGUCCGCCGGCGGCACCAUCAUCGACUCCGGCACGACGCUGAGCUACUUCCCGGAGCCGGCGUACCAGGCGAUCCGGCAGGCGUUCAUGGACCGCAUGAGCCCAUCCUACCCGCUCAUCCCCGGCUUCCCGGUGCUGAGCCCGUGCUACAACGUGUCCGGAGCCGAGAAGGUGGAGGUGCCGGAGCUGUCGCUGGUGUUCGCGGACGGCGCGGCGUGGGAGUUCCCGGCGGAGAACUACUUCAUCCGGCUGGAGCCGGAGGGGGUGAUGUGCCUGGCCGUCCUGGGCACGCCGCGGUCCGGCAUGUCCAUCAUCGGCAACUACCAGCAGCAGAACUUCCACGUCCUCUACGACCUGGAGCGCAACCGGCUCGGCUUCGCGCCGCGCCGCUGCGCCGACGUCUAGGCCAGGCUCAUCGGCCGCCGUACAUUUUGACGGAUUGACUGAUUGAAUGGUAAUAGGAGUAUGUAGGUGGCCCUGCUGACUGGAUGGGAAGAACAGACAGUGAAGAAAGAAACUGGGUUGUGUGUAGAAGUAAACUGGGUUUGGGUUGACAAGCAAGGUCUCUCUACAAAAAAGCGAGAGGCUUUGGUGGAAUUUUGACCAAUUCGGCCGCUUGUUUGGUCGAAUUUUUUUUGGGACUUUUUGCUCAUCGUUUUUUGUUUGCUUGUGUGUAUAGACAGAUGGCUUAUGUGGACCGUGAUGAUGACAUCGUAAA